AUGCCCUCGUACACGACGUGGUGGCUCAGGGUCCUGAUGGCCUCGUCCGCUCUGCUCUUCCCGUCGGGGACGUCGACGCUGACGGUGACGGACGAGGCGCUGCGGCGCAUCCCGUCGCCGGGAGACGACUUCGACAUACACUCGGGGAGGCUGCUGGCGCCGAUACUCCGACCCCGCGUGCCGGGGACGCAGGGGUCGCUGGACGUCCAGAGGCACAUUGUCGACUUCUUCGCCGCCGACCUGCCCGACUGGACGGUCGUCUCUCAGAACUCAACGUCCAAGACCCCGGCCACCGGCGACAGGGACGUCCCCUUUGUCAACUGGAUCUUCCGGAGAGACCCCCCAUGGGUCACGCGCGAGGGCGACGCCAGCAGGUUGACCCUCGUCGCCCACUUUGACAGUCUGAGCAAGCCCGAAGGGUUCGUGGGCGCCAUCGACAGCGCGGCCCCCUGCGCUAUGCUCAUGCACGUCGCCCGGAGCGUGGAUGCCGCCCUCACGACUAGGUGGAAGGCCAUGCAGGACAGCGGAGAAGACGGGCUCGAGGAUGAGAGCAAGGGCGUGCAGAUCAUCUUUCUCGACGGGGAGGAAGCCUUUGAACACUGGACAGAUACCGAUUCCAUCUAUGGUGCACGAUCCCUAGCGGAAGAAUGGUCCCGCGAGGCCAACGACGUCUCGGCCGCCUACCGCACCCCCCUCCACUCCAUCAGCCUGUUCGUCCUACUCGACCUGCUGGGCAGUCCCAAGCCGACGGUGCCGUCCUACUUCCUACCCACGCACUGGGCCUACCGUAGCAUGGCCUCGCUGGAGAAGCGCAUGCGCGACCUGUCCCUCCUCGAGUCGCAGCCCGGCCACGUCUUCCUCCCGGACUCGGACAAGUCGGCCAGCCUGUUCGGCCGCAGCGGCGUCGGCGACGACCACGUCCCCUUCAUGCAGCGAGGCGUGGACAUUCUGCACCUCAUCCCCUCGCCCUUCCCCUACGGCCUCUGGCACACCAUGGACGACGACGGGGAGCACCUCGACCUGCCUACCUGUCGGGACUGGGCCAAGAUCGUCACGGCCUUCACCGUCGAGUGGUUCGAGCUGGGCGAAUAUAUGCCUGCUACCGGCAAGAUGGCGAGGGCCGCGCCGGAUGUGUCACACAGCAGUACGGAGAGCAGUAGUAGUAGGAGGACGGAGUUGUGA